AUGCAGCUGUCCAUAUGGGCGCCUCUGAUUACCUUGACCUCGGCGGCUUGUGCCUACGUUCCAGAGUCGACGCUGGCCACGGACACUCUAGCUAUAGCUAGUCUGGCAAAGCUUACGGCGUCUGUUGCCGAUGGAAGCCUGAAGAAUCAGCUCAAGACAAAGGGUGUUUCGCAGACAUGCGACCUCAGAAACGUAGCUGUCAGGAGAGAAUACUCCACACUUUCCAAUAAUGAGAAGCUGGCCUACACCAACGCCGUAAAGUGUUUAAUGUCUAAGCCAGCGAAAACACCGUCAGACCAAGUCCCCGGAGCAAAGUCACGAUAUGACGACUUCGUUGCGACUCAUAUCAACCAGACUCUCACCAUUCAUGCCACCGGAAACUUCCUCUCCUGGCACCGGUAUUUCAGCUGGGCCUUUGAACAAACCCUUCGUGACGAAUGCGGAUAUAAGGGUUACUUGCCGUACUGGAACUGGGGAAAGUCGGCCAAGGAUCCUAUCAACUCGCCUUACUUUGAUGGAAGCAUAUAUUCGCAAGGAGGGAACGGCGUCUUCGCCCAACACAACUGCACCAACGCUAUGCCUUCGGGGCUGAACUGUAUCCCUCCAGGACAAGGCGGUGGCUGUGUUAAGACUGGCCCUUACGCUGGCAUCACUGCCAACAUUUCCGCUACCGCUCCGUCCCUCGCCGCAGCAGAUGUCACGGCGGGGAGCUUCCUCGGCUACCAGCCCCGUUGCAUACGACGUGACAUUUCCCCAUGGGUAUCGAGCCAGUGGUCAACUGACAAGGAGUCGUUCAACUUAUUGGCAAACCCGCUGUAUCAAACUGGCAUCAAGGCCUUCCAGGACCACCUGCAAGGCGAUUUCGAUACCGGCUACUUCGGUCUCCACUCUGCCGGGCACUACACGAUCGGCGGAGACCCCGGCGGUGACUUCUUCAACUCGCCUAACGAUCCCAUGUUCUGGCUUCACCACGGACAGAUUGACCGCACAUGGUGGAUCUGGCAGAACCAAAAGCCGGUUGAGCGCGCGUAUGCGAUCGCGGGAACGAACACGGUUUUUAACACGCCGCCCAGCGCAAACACUACAGUGGAAGACACAAUUGACUUGGGCAUCGUGCGAGGGCCGUUGGCUAUCAAGCACCACGUCAGUACGGUGGCAGGUCCGUACUGUUACAUUUACGUGUAG